AUGGUGGACGGGGUUUCAGUAGCGGUGGGAUGUGCAGUGGGCAUCCCGUGCGGUAUAGCAGUGGUAGUGGCCGUGGCGUUCUGGUUGCUGAUGCAGAGACGGUUCCGGAAAGAAAGAGAAGAAGACGCUGAAUCAGUGGGCGGAGAUGGAGCCAUCAGUUUCACAAAUAUGGAAGCGUUGCGGGAGAAGAAGAUUGAAGAGCAAGACCUGGAAAAGUCAGAGGCAGUCCAGCACGCUGCAGAGGGCUCGUCGUCGUCAGAUCUAACACACACGCUCGAAAGCAGCACCGCGGGAGGAGGAGGAAGUGCUGCCGGCUCUACACCCGCCAACAACGGCAAAUUCAGAAAAUGGGGGUUCAAAACCGAUUCCGCAGCAAAACCAAGCAGAAGAAAUACGUAUAUGCCGGCAUAUCGUAAAAAACUCAACUCGUCAAUCGGUUCCCUACACCAGGGCUCGGACUCGGGCAGCACUAGACCCCAAGACGGCCUUCGCACUCCAAAUGACAGCUCCUCGACGUCCCUUGGUGACAUGAAACCCAGCAACAACGCGUCGUCCGCUAAUGAACCAACGGUUCUAGACCAGAUGAUCCCAGUAUUGGCUCAUCGCGACACAUCUGACUCUGCUCUGGCCACGCGGUCAGAUUUCAGUCUCACACAUGACAAACACUCCAGUAACGACAAUCUCAUCAAAAAUCUACAAACCCACGAUUUCGGAUCAUAUCCGAGGAGAAGAUCCUCGGUGAAUCUGAACAGCAUGGCUUCCGCCAACAUUUCCACUUCUUCGGUCGCCACCCGGUCGUCCUCGACACAUUCGCAUGCCAAAGGUUCCGAAAACGUGUUUGGAACUCCCACCAGUAAUAAGACUGGUAAUGGCGUACCGGAACAAUCAAAGGAACUACGCGAUGACCAAUCCGCCAUCGAUCUUGCUGAAAAUGGCUUGGUAGACGACAAACGAGACUACUACAUGCUAAGGAACAAUUACGAUGUCAAAAAUGGCGGUGAAAUUGCAGAAGAGGAUCAAUACGAGAAUGAAUUCACAAACUACUCUGAAAGUAAGCGAGAGUUCAUCAAUAGCUUGAAACCUCGAAAGCAUUGA